UCGUGUCCAGCCAGCAGAGAUUCAGUAGGUAAACAAACGUUUGUAAGGGCUUCGAUGAACUGAUUAUUGGUAAAUAAUGAAAACGCGUGAUUCUUCCCCACCAUUGCACGUUCACGUGCCAGAGACCACACCUGUACAUGUACACCUGAAGAGGAGUCAGAAGAGCUGUACUGCAAAGACCCCACAGAUGAAGAUUAAAGAGGUGCAAAACAAAGGGGAUAUUGGGAACCUGCGUGCCAGAGCGAGGUCCCGGGCCCCCUGGGUGCCGGCCCCAGGAAGAACCUCCACUCAGGAUGACGCAUACAAGUGGGAGUUGACUGACCUGUCUGAUGAGGAUAAACAAGAGCAGAGGAUGCAUAGCCAGUGUAACAAAUAUAGGAGGAAGAUUGAUGGACUCAUGAUGGAUGUUGGGUCUCCAAAGAAUUACGGGAGGCUGUGGAAGAAGGAGCGUAUGAUGGAGCACCAGUCAAAGUGUCUGAGCGCAUGCCAGCGUGUCAUCGACGAGCAGGAGGAGGAGCUGCUGGAUGCCAACAAAGAGCUGGACCUCAGAGAACGAGAGAAGAUCUCCAUCCAACACUCCCUAAGGAAGAGGGGCGAAGCAGGCUACAACAGUGCUUAUUCGGGGACUCUACACGGGGAAAGACACAUGCUACUGAGGAAGCUGGUAGAAGCGGAGUUUGACGGGGUGGCAGUGGUCACACAGUUGACAGCAUUGAAUGAGUCCAUGGGUGGUGUGAAAAAGGAUAAGCGGUUGUCCAAGGCGGACACUGCCCUGCUUGGUAGGCAGCAGGAGUUGCUGACAAAGAAGAUAGAAACAUUUGAAAGCACAAACCGCACUCUCCAAGAACUCCUCAGGGAAUGCCAUGAGCGAGAGAUCGAAUCAUUGAGGACGUCAGAGCAAAGGCAAGGCCUACUGAAGAGACUGGCGGACACAGAAGCAGAAAAAAUUCAUCUUGCUACAAAACUCAACAACAAGGAGAAGGAAGCCACCCAGCUUGCAGUACGUUUGGAUUCUGAAAAGGACAUUGUGAAGACCACAGGAGAGCUGUCUAAAGUUCUGGAGUCAACCUGCAGCCAGCUUAUGGUUCAGUUACGCAGCAAAGAGACUGAAAAUGACCGCCAGGCCGGCCGGAGCAAAGAGAUGGAGCAGACCCAGGAGCAGCAGAAGGAGGAGAUACAGGCCCUGCUGGAGCAGCUGAAGCGACAGAGUAAAGAGGACAAAGAGAGUCUGAAGCUGGCCAACCAGAGGCAGAGGGCAGAGCACAGUGAGGAUUCAGCCAGACAUCUCUCUGCACAGCUGCUGGAGAAGGAGACUGAGUUGGCAGAGGCCCUUACCUCAGCUGAGAGCUGGUGUACCCGCCACUCUAAAGAGGUGACUGUUAAGAGCCAGCUUGAAGUGGAAAUCGCUGUUCUCAAGAACCAGGUGAGUGAUCUGACUGCACAGAUCCACACUGUGGAGGAGAAAGGCCAUCCAGAGAGGGAGGGGUUCCUGGACCAACUGCACCGCCUCACCUCUGACAACUCCUCCAACAAACUACAGAACCAGAAACUGAAGAUCACCCUGUCUGCUGCAGAGGAGAACCUGAUGCAGUCCCAGUCUGAAGCCCAGCAGCUGAAGAGUUCAGUCAAGAAGCUAGAGAGCCAGGUGGAAAACUAUAAGCGCAAGGUUCAGAGGGCUCGAUUAGAGUCAGAGGAGUACUGCUUAAAGCUGGAGAUCUCUGAGAAACAUGCACAAGGUAUGAAGGCUGACCUGGAGAGAGAGAUUGAGCAGGUCAGGAGGCAGCUGCUGGGCCGUCUGAAAGAGCUGGAGCCUCUGCCUGAGAGGCUGAAGCGUUCUGAGCUGCAGUUGAGAGUGGCCCAGGAAGAGACACAGACUCAGGAGAGGAGAAACACUGAGCAAAACAAUGCCCUGUCUGAACUCAGACACAAGGUGGAACAACAGGGAUGUUGGGUGGAGACUUUUCAAGAGAAUAAUUUUCUUCUGGUGGAGGAGCACAACAAUCUGCAGCAGAAGAUAGAGAUUAUAGAGAGGAAACUGGAGGGGGCAAACUUGCAGAACAGAGAUAUGGUCCAUGUAAUCGGCAAGCGGGAGGAGACCAUCCAUAGCACCCAGAAACAGCUGGAGGAGCGGGCCCGGGAGUGCAGCAUCCUCUCCAAGCAGCUGGAGCAGGCCUUCAAGGAUGGUCAGAGAGAGGCGGAUCAGAGCCUGGAGCGGGCUUUAUUCAAAGAGAGGUCCAUCCAGACCAAGGCUCUGGACCUGGAGAGCCAACUGGGCCUCAGAAAGACAGAGCUCAGUCAGUUACGAAGAAGCAAAGAGGAUAUGGAGCUACGAUUCCAGAAUCAGUUGAAGAACAUGAAGGAGAGACUGGAACAAUCUGACUCUACCAAUCGCAGCCUGCAGAAUUAUGUUCAGUUUCUCAAAGCUUCAUAUAGUAAUGUGUUUGGUGACUCUGUGCUAUCAAGCUCUCUACACACACACUUACCAAUCUGAUUGAAUAGUGUUAGCCUUAUAUUGUAUGAGUUUUACCAAUGAUCUAUUUGUUAUUUUCAGUAUAAAUGUACUGUAUACUGUUAAUCAAAACUAUGAUAAAAUCUUAAAAUUGAAA